CAGAAUGCCGCGCCAAAAGGGUCCUCACCAUUCAGUCUUCGUCCUCAAGCAGUUGCAUCUCAGUGCUCGCCUCAUCUUUCGCCAAAACACAUCCUCAGCUUGAAACUACCUGCAAGGUGCCCUCAGUCUAGAAAAUGUCGGCCAUGAUCGUCGACUACGAUAACAUCACGUACGACGAGAACUCGACGUCCAACUGCACCAACGAGUACUGCAUGUCGGACGACGAUUACAUCGCCCUCAUGGAGAUCUACAUCUUCCCGACACCGGCCGAGUGGCUGCUGAUCGCCUUCCACGGCCUCAUCUUCAUCGCCGGCCUCAUCGGCAACGCGCUCGUGUGCGCUGCCGUGGUCCGCAACCCGCAAAUGCGAACCGUGACCAACUAUUUCAUCGUCAACCUGGCCGUCGCCGACUUCAUGGUGCUCGUUUUCUGUCUGCCGCCGUCCGUUGUCUGGGACGUUACGGAAACUUGGUUCCUUGGGGAGACACUGUGCAAGGGCGUCCUCUACACGCAGACGGUGUCUGUGGCCGUGUCGGUGCUGACGCUGACCUUCAUUUCCGUGGACCGCUGGUACGCCAUCUGCUUCCCGCUCAAGUUCAAGAGCACCACCGGAAGGGCCAAAACUGCCAUCCUGCUGAUCUGGCUCGUCGCCCUCACCGUUGACAUUCCCGAAUUGCUGGCCCUGCAAACGCAGCCGCCCAAGCUGCGUGUCUCGUCGCACUUGUUCACUCAGUGCGCGCCCAACUGGAGCACCGAGACGGAAAUCGUGUAUUUGUGCGUCAAAGUGGUGCUGCUGUACUCGCUGCCGUUGGUGCUCAUGACCGUCGCCUACUGGCAAAUCGUCCGCGUCCUCUGGCGCUCGGACGCCAUCCCCGGACAUUCCGAACUCGCCUCGUCGUCGGCCACGCUCGCCUCCGAACGCACCAGCAGCAUGAGGUGGAACAGCAGCGGCAGCACCCGCCGCACCCCUUUGGUGUGCACGGCGAACAGGGGGGCCGAGACGCAACUGGCCGCGCGCAGAAAGGCGGCCAAGAUGCUGGUGGCCGUCGUGGUCAUGUUCGCCGUGUGCUAUCUGCCCGUCCACCUCCUCAGCAUCCUCAGAUACACGACCGGCGUCCCCCAGAACCAUGUGACAGCAGCGAUCUCGAUGAUUUCGCACUGGUUGUGCUACGCCAACAGCGCCGUCAACCCCCUCAUCUACAACUUCAUGAGUGGCAACUUCCGCAAAGAGUUCCGCCGCACCUUUGGAUGUUUGUCGCGUCGCCCACGCACCCACCGCUUCAACAUGUCACGCAGCGGCGCCCCCAACUCGCAACACUACCUGGCAGGGCCCAUUGCAUCCUCCGUGCGGAUGCCGCGCUCGACCGAGGUUGUGCCCCUGUCCGCGGUCACCUUUCAAGAUUGAGGGCGCGCCCCGCGAGUCUGGUUCACUCGCGACUCCCCCGGCGGCCGCAGUGCGGCUUUCGAGCUGGCCGACGUCAGAGGCCACCUGCGGCCGCCGCCUCUCAAUCAAGUGCGAAACUUUUCAGACAUUUCCGAGCACUCGGCCAACGGAGCCGAGCACGGCAAUGGACACGGUCCGGCCAAGGAAGACCUCGUGUGUGACACUUACAAUUGACCUUUUUAUGUUCAAAACUGGAAGAUAAUGAAAAAGUGUUUUUAAAUAAAUAAAAAUAUCUGAUAUUUUCAUUUUACCAAACUUUUGAAUGAAUAACUUUUGACUUUAAAAAUUAUUUUAAAUAUUUUUAAUCCAAAAAUGUAAUAUUCAAAUAUAUAAAUGAACUCAUUAUGCAUUUAAGAACAAUCCAAUCUUUAAGCUUGGAUUGUUAUCGUAGAAUUUCUGAAUGUGAUAUUGUGAUCAAAACCAUUUUAUUGUUGCAAAUAAGUAUUGAAAUUAGUCGAAUAUAUCCCUUGCAAAAUAAUACUCUGUUAAAAACUAUUCUCUCUUGCUACAAUGCAAUUGUAUCAAAUUGGACACAGGGUCACGUAAAAAGUUUGUAAACUAUUAUGAUUGUCAACUUAUGAAUGUUUCUUGUCAUGUUUGUAUUCAAAACGAGAUAAAUAUGUAUAUCAUAUGACUUUAGGGGAAAAGUUAAAACUGCUAUAAUAAAUGUUGCAUUUGCGUAAUGUGCAGAAAAGAAAUAUUUAAAUUGAAUCAAUUAAAAAUCCACCAUUUUUUUAAAAUUACCUUUUGAUUAGCAAUCAUAUCUAUGUGCGACUAACUAUUAUUUAAAAUUAAGAGAGAAUCUCUUCUGUAAGGAAAAUCUUCUUACUACUGGCUGUAUUUAAAAUUGUAAUUAUAACAUUCCCAAAUUUUUUUUGCUUUUCAUAGAAAUAUAAUAUGCAUCACUCAAUUGUGUUUGUGGAGGAAAAAUUUGAAUGAAAAAAUGUAUAAAUUAGAGAGAAAAAAAAUAUAUUCAAUUCAAGUGUAUAUGAAUACAAAAUAAUUUGACUGAUUGUGGAAAAACGAGAGAGUUUCUGUGCUACCAUCUAAUAAACCUUUAAAUCUCAAUGUAAUUAUACUGUAUAGUAAAAAUUAUUAUUGUUUAAAUGGUAACAAAAUGGAAGAGCUUUAAAAAUUGCUGAAAACUUUUUUUCCAGACGGACAAUUUUCAUGAGAUGGACUUAUUUCUGUAAUGUUAAAUGUAAACGUUCAAUAAACACACCGCAUUCUGAA